AUGGUGCUGCUAGAGAACGAACAGUUCCUGACAGAGCUGACCAGAUUGUUCCAGAAGUGCCAGAUGAUGGGCAGUAUGUUUAUCAUUCUGAAGGGGUACAAUGGCCACACCAAACCCACCCCAAGGAAGGGCUCUGUGGAGGGCUUUGAGCCUGCAGAGAACAACUGUCUGCUGAGGGCUACUGAUGGGGGAAAGAUCAGCACUGUGGUGAGCUCCAGAGAAAUGAAUAAGUUUCAGGUGGCAUACUCCAAUUUUCUAAGAGCCAAUAUGGAUGGGCUGAAGAAGAGGGACAAAAAGAACAAGAAGAAGAAGACCAAACUAGCACAGUGAGCAGCACUGCACC